CAGGUAGUGAAGCAUUUCAUUGAAGAAGCAAUGGUGAGUCAGAAUGGGUGAUGGCUUGAAGGGAGCUGGGGAGUGUCCGUGUUGCCCUGGACACAUAAGGACACAAGGCUCAGCCUGCUAUAAUGCACAAGCUAAAAUCAGCCCAGAAAGAAAAAGUCAAGCAGUUUAUAUCCUUCACUCAAGCGGGUGAGAAGACAGCUAUUUACUGCCUCGCUCAGAAUGACUGGAAACUCGAAUUGGCCUCAGACAACUUCUUCCAGAACCCUGAUCUAUAUUACAGAGAACAGCGGCCAUCAGUCGAUAAGAAGAAGCUAGAACAUCUAUAUAACAGAUAUAAAGAUGGUAGUGAACCAAAUAAAAUCCUGGUGGAUGGGGUGAUGCGGCUACUGGAUGACCUUGACUUACCACCAGACUCCCGUCUCGUUCUUAUCUUAGCCUGGAAAUUGCGGGCAGCCACACAGUGCGAGUUUACGCGAGAUGAAUUUAUGAAUGGAUUUACAGAGCUAGGAUGUGACAGCAUUGACAAACUGAAAGCCAAACUUCCAACCCUGGAACAUGAACUAAGAGAUACAGCCAAGUUUAAAGAUUUCUAUCAGUUUACUUUUAAUUAUGCACGGAAUCCUGGGCAGAAGGGACUGGAUCUCGACAUGGCUCUAGCUUAUUGGAACAUUGUCCUCCAAGGAAGAUUCCGUUUACUUAAUUUAUGGUGUCAAUUUUUACAGGAACACCAUAAACGCUCCAUACCUAAGGAUACUUGGAACCUUCUCUUGGACUUUGCCUUGAUGAUCAAUGAUGACAUGUCCAACUAUGAUGAAGAGGGCGCGUGGCCAGUGUUGAUUGAUGAUUUUGUUGAGUAUGCCCGGCCGAUCAUCCGAGGCCAGCCUACUCAAGUUUAGGGUCUGGGUAUUAGUGAAGCUAGGACUUAUUACAGCUCAAGAACUAUGUUGCUUUUCUAAGCUCUAAAAAUGUGAGUACAUACUUGAGGAUGGGAUGAUCCUAGUCCUGUGACGAUAGAUUGGAUUUUGUGUUCUAGAAAUGUGGUGUUUAAACCGUUACUGUUAUCAAGAAGCCUAUCAAGAAAGAGGAAUUUUUAAAGAAAUCCACUGGUAUCAAGGAAGUGUUGUUUUAUGCAAGACAGACAUACUAACCACAAGAAAAUAAUAUGCAAUUAGUUAAGUUUUGGCCACAUAAGCUCGCUUUCCACAUGAAGACUCAGAAUGUAAAGGAUGAGUGAUGCUUUAAUGCUUAAGGAGGAAAAACACUCAUUACAUAUACUAUCAAGACAUUUCAAGGUAAUCUUUUGAAGACUUAUUUGAUUAAAAUAGAAAGUGAAAUAGGGCUCAGUGAGUUUGCUUGUCCUUAUGGAUAUUGGUAAGCUGUGACAUUUUGAUCUGUGCUAGAAGACAUGAAUUGUAAUCUUGAGGCAAGACAGAAGGCAUCACUAUCUUGCUGGAAAGAUGUUUAUUUUUAAUAAUUUUUAGCAUGGGCACUUUCAAAAGUACCACAUUCUUGUUUUCUUUCCACUUGUGUGCAACCUCCUCUUUGGUAACUUUAAUAAUUAAUAUAAAAUUUUAAGGUUCCAACUUAGCUUUUAAGUUUUUUUUCCUUCAAUAUACAUUGAGAAGGGGCAUUUUUUACCUCAACCUAGCAUCUGCAUAUAAUUUAGGAUGUUUAAAUCAGUCAGUUAACAUUAAAUGCUGGCAUUUUCAGUCAGAUUUUAUGCAGUUUGAUUUUCACUUUCCCUUAUGGUCUAGGGAAGGUAGGUAAAAGUAUUGAAUCCUGUCCAAGAUGCCAUUGCUACCCUCCUGCGGAGCCUGCUAAGUCAUGCUUUGUUACUCUUACAAAGGACUGUGGAAAAUCAGAGGUUAUGACAACACUAAGUUGAUAUAAUGCAUAUUCACAUAAGUAAAAUAAAUUUUUGGUACACAUUAGUAUAAAUAACUUUUAUGGUACUGAAUAAGUGGAAAACUGAGUUUCACUGUAGUUUAUGAAUUACACAAACAUUGGUUUUGUUAUGAAUUUCUUAGGUUACACAUACCAAUACAUGCAGGUUAAUUAUCAUUAUAUAGAGAUGGUCUGCCAUGAUAAUUUAUAUUUUAUACAGAAGCACUAAUUUAGUGUACAGUAUUAGAUCAAAUUGUAGUAUUAAAAUUCUAUAACUUCCUUGCUUAAUUAAGUAAGACAAAAAGCAUUAGGCCAACUAUGCUCUCCUUGUGUCCUUUACAUAACAGUAUCAUUAUAUUUUUGAGCCAUAUGCUUGAAUAAUAUUGUGCAGUUUUGGGAUACAGCACAGUUAAGGUAGUAAACAAGUACACUCACAUUCAAGUAACCAAAGGAAAAAAAAAAAUUGCUUCAGAUUAAAUUUUGAGCCCAUGAAUUUUUUGAGAAUGCUCAGCCUGGUUAUUUUAUUAUUAUUGUUAUUAUUAUUAUUAUUAUUAUUAUUAUUAUUAUUAUUAUUAUUAUUAUUAUUAUUAUAAUCAUUAUUAUUUUAUUAUUAUUAUUAUUAUUAUUAUUAUUAUUAUUAUUAUUAUUAUUAUCUUAAAUACACUUUUAAGUCUGUCCUGUUCAAGAUUAAUCAAGUUUAUGGUAUCAAAACUUCACAUACAAAAAAAGCUUCCAAGAUACAUCCUCAAGACACAACCAGUUGAGUACAAGUGGCAAGAAAAUUAAUGCCAGAGUGCAGGGUCUCCUUGUUGAUGAUGGUCUGUUUAUGUUUAUAAACUCAGCAUGGUAAUUUUGUGUCAGUGUUUUUGUAGGCACCCACCUACAUAGAUAGUCUUGUCUCUGACUAAAUUGAUUUUCAGGAAUGUCCUUGGUUUGUGCACUGACUUUGUGGAGCAGCUUGUGUUGGGAUGACAAUAUUUUUGUAAUUUUUCAUAAACCUUAAAAAGAAAAUAAAUAAUUCUGAUGUGCAGGAAUAAAGUUAAUUGAAGGUUUCUUAAGGUACAGCAAUCUGGUUUGCCUGUUUCUGGAAUAUCUCGUGGAGUAUAUGAUGUCAUCAAUUUGGCUUGAACCUUAGUUUUGUAAUUAUUGCAGGUCCUGUAUAUUUAUAAUUGUACUUGGCAAAAGUAUGCAAAAAUUUCUUUCCUGUAAAUGGAUAAAUGAUUCAAUGAACAGUGACAUUUUGAUGUGUGGCAGUAAGGUGAAGUAACUGCAUUUUUAAAACUUAACUGCUGAAAGCAGGUGAUGAACCUCCAACAUUGAUAGAAAUAAUGCAGGAAGUGAAAUAGCUAAUUGUUCACCCACUUCAUAUUGAAUUGGGAUAUUAUAUUCUUGCAUUACUUUCAUAGUUUGGUGUUUAGAAUUUGUUGUCAGAAUGUCUCCAUUUCAUUUAGGUAAGAAAGGUCUGUGUUGAAAUAUUUAGUUUGGCUGAACAAUACUUUUAUAACUAGCUAUUACUUUUCUCCAAAUUUUGAUCCCUUGGCACAUUAACAGUUCUCUUUGAGCCUUAUCAGGUAAAUACUGACUGUUCUGUAAUACUUUCUACACUUGUAAAUAAAAUUUUGAUUACAGA